CUCAAAUAAUUAAGAAUUUAAAUUCAAACUUUAAAACGGGAAUAAGGGGAAGGAAAAGGCCACCUUGUAUUGACAUUUUUAACUGAAAAUUGAAAGGCGGCGGCAAGGAAAAUAGAAAAGGCUAUCAAUUUAUCAAUUUAUCAUGUGAGUGGAUAUUGCUAACGUUGAUUGAGUUGAGUAGCUGAGCUCUGUCUGACGCCGCGAAACAGUGCUCCCUGUGCCGCUCAUCCAUGAAAUGUUGCUUCCUCUGCGCCACCACCCUCUCUCCCUUCCGCCCAACACCCAAACGGUACCCUCCCUUUCUUCUUUAACUACCAAAACUCUGUUCUCCCAGAAGCCUAAAACCACUGAAUUCACCAAGAAACCCCUUAUCCGGAGCUCCAUAUCCGACCCCAAAACACAAAUAGUUCCGAAAUCCGCCAUCGAACGCAUUGCUGACAAGCUCCGUUCCCUUGGUUUUACGGAAACCCAAGAUUCAAAACCCGAGCUUGAGUCAAAUUCUGCUGGGGAGAUAUUUGUGCCUCUUCCUCAGCAACUGCCCAAGUACCGGGUCGGGCACACCAUUGACACCAGCUGGAAUGCGCCGGAGAACCCGGUGCCGGAGCCGGGUUCCAAUGAUGGGAGUCUGAUGGCGGGAUUUAGUGAGAUGAAGAUGGAGAGGAAGGAUAUUAAGAGAGGGAAAGAAAGGAGGGUUCCGACAUUGGCGGAGCUAAGUCUGCCCGAGGAGGAGCUGAAGCGGUUGAGCAUCUUAGGCAUGGGAAUGAAGAGGAAUUUGAAAAUUGGGAAGGCAGGGAUCACUGAAGGGAUUAUGAACGGGAUUCAUGAGAGAUGGAGAAGGUCUGAGGUGGUCAAGAUAGUGUGCGAGGAUAUAAGCAAGAUGAACAUGAAGAGGACUCAUGAUUUACUAGAGAGAAAAACUGGAGGUUUGGUUGUUUGGAGAUCAGGAAGUAAAAUAGUAUUGUAUAGAGGGGUCAAUUAUAAGUAUCCCUACUUCUCUGCUGAUAAAAUUUCAGUGAACGACUCUUCUCCCAGUGGUUUACAGGAUCUAGACAAGGAUAAUGAAGAGCUUGGUGAAGCAGAUAGUUGUGCAUCUCACAUGGAUGGUGAAAAGCGUCUUCUACCAAGUGCAACCAAAAAAAUGACUAGACCAACAUUAGUUCAAGGUGUUGGUUUUCCAAAUAGAGUACGAUUUCAACUACCAGGGGAGGCAGAACUAGUAGAAGAAGCUGACCACUUGUUGGAUGGACUGGGCCCUCGGUUUACUAACUGGUGGGGAUAUGAGCCUCUUCCAGUUGAUGGUGAUCUUCUACCUGCAGUUGUUCCUGGAUACAGGAGACCCUUCCGCCUUCUUCCAUAUGGUGUGAAGCCAAUCCUGACAAAUGAUGAAAUGACCACUUUAAAAAGAUUAGGCCGACCCUUACCCUUUCAUUUUGUAUUAGGUAGAAAUAGAAAACUUCAAGGACUGGCUGCUUCCAUCAUAAAGCUGUGGGAAAAAUGUGAGAUUGCCAAAAUUGCAGUUAAGAGGGGGGUGCAGAACACUAAUAGUGAAAUGAUGGCUGAAGAAUUAAAGUGGCUGACUGGAGGAACUCUGCUUUCAAGAGAUAAGGACUCUAUUGUUUUAUAUCGUGGAAAAGAUUUCCUGCCAUCUGCUGUUUCAUCUGCCAUAGAAGAGCGGAGAAAGCAGGUAAUUCAGGGGGAAAAACAGAGUGCAGAAUCUGCAGAUUGUAGUGUAUCCCCUAAACCUGUACCGGAUCUUAAAGUUGGGAGUAAUGAAAGUUGUUCUGGAGAAGAAGAUGGGGGGCCCCAAGAUCAGAAAAGCAAUCUCCUGGAUGAGCCAAAAAACAUAACGUCUGCUGAAGCAGCUGUCAAAAGGACUAAUAUCAAGUUGUCCAUGGUACUAGAAAAGAAAGAAAAGGCAGAGAAGCUUCUGGCUGAGCUAGAGGAGGCAGAACUGCCUGGACAAUAUGAAGUAGAUAAGGGGGGUAUAACAGUUGAAGAGAGACAUUUGCUUCGGAAGGUUGGCUUGAGAAUGAAGCCUUUUCUCUUAUUGGGUAGACGUGGUGUUUUUGCAGGAACAGUUGAAAAUAUGCAUCUUCACUGGAAGUAUAGGGAACUUGUGAAGAUAGUUGUUAAGAAAACAAACAUUGAAGCUGUUCAUCGAGUAGCCCGGACCUUAGAGGCUGAAAGUGGUGGAAUAUUAGUAGGUGUUGAAAGAAUAAGUAAGGGAUAUGUAAUCAUUGUUUAUCGUGGAAAGAACUAUCAGCGGCCUGCUUCUCUGAGGCCCCAAACACUGCUUACAAAAAGAGAAGCAAUGAAGCGCUCCCUUGAGGAACAGCGUUGUAAGUCUUUGAAACUUCAUAUUUUGAAGAUUAACCAGAACAUAGAUGAAUUGAAACAUCAGAUGGCUGUAAACAAAGACACAAAUGGUGUGUUAUCUGUUGACAAAUCAAGUUUGCCGUUGCAAGAAGGAAUGCACUUUUCUACUAGUGUUAAUGCUGAGCACUGUGUCUCUGACAAGGAUCCCAUUGAAUCUUCAUCUGAAUUAACUAAAAGCAAAAUGGAUAUUUCAAUUUCGCCAGGAGUUGAUAAUAUGAUAGAAGGAAUGCACUUUUCUACUGCUGUUAAAGCUGACCACUGUGUCUCUGAUAAGGAUCCUGUUGAGUCCUCAUCUGAAAUAACUAAAAACAAAUUGGACGUUUCAAUUUCACCGGGAGUUGAUAAUGUGUUAAACAUGAUAGCUCCUGGAGCAAUAAGUCUUUCUAACAAAGACAGACUUCUCUUACGAAAGCAAGCUCUCAAGAUGAGGAAACGUCCCAUCCUUGCAGUUGGAAGAAGCAACAUUGUGACUGGUGUAGCAAAAGCAAUCAAGGAACACUUCAAGAAGCAUCCUCUAGCUAUUGUGAAUGUCAAAGGUAGAGCAAAAGGGACUUCAGUUCAAGAGGUAGUUCUAAAGCUACAGGAAGCAACAGGUGCAAUUUUCGUUUCUCAGGAACCUAGCAAAGUCAUACUGUAUAGAGGUUGGGGUGCAGAUGAUGUCUUUGGUGAGGCUGAUAAAGGGAAUGCAAGAGAUGCAGGGAAAACAUCAACUGGAAGAGAGAUAAGGAAUCAGCCUGCUGUGUCCCCUGAUCUUAUGGCAGCCAUCAAACUUGAAUGUGGAUUGUCUGAUCAUCAAAAGGAAGAGGCAACCUGAUAAACUGGAAUUUUGAGGUUGAUAAAGGUAUUUUUUAGUAACAGACAAAAGAAUACCUCAAUCUGUGCUCAGUACAUACUGCACAGCUCCACAGGCUGAUAAAGGUAGGUACUGUGCAUUCAAUGCAAACACAUACACCAUUUUUCCACAUGACUAAGUAUAACUGGGUUGUCUUGAAAUUCCUCUCUGCAUUCUGCUGCCAUUUUUCAUCAAGGAACAAGAUCGUGAGCUGACAUCUUCAAAGAAGUCAGGCAAGUCUGAUUUACCAGUGCUUUUUAAACCAUCAACUUGCUGUGCGAAAAAGAGAAAGAAAGAAGUAUUUGUCAAUUUAAUCUUUCUCUUUGUCUAGUGGCCAUUAGCCCAUAAUACUAACAUCUUGUGCAGCCAAUGUAUAUCCUACCUACCUUCUAUUCUGUGUAUAUUAGAUGGUGAUAAUCGAACUCAAAGUUGCAUAAUCUCUAUGUAUAGAAAGCAUGGUUGACACUUGAAAGAUAAGUUUGCUGCUUUCAUUUACAAUUUACAUACAUCAUAGAAAAAGGCUCAUGCUGUAACAUUUUGCUCUAGGAUUGUCCUUAUGGGAUUGCACAGUAGCAUUUUUCUUCAAUAUUGUCCUCACAUUGAACCUAGGCUAUAUACACCUUUAUCAAGCUGUUGUUUGUUGUUAUAUCAACUUGAUGCCAAAAUAAUAAUAAUUAAUUUAUUAUUAUUAUUAUUAUUAUUAUUAUUAUUAUUAUUUGCAGUUUAUGAUUAUUGUCUGGUAAAUUGGGGUUUAUUAAAAUCCAAAAGCUGGUUUUUGUGAAGUGGAAAUGGCCUGAAUGAACAGUGUAGCAGAGAGGGAGAGCCAUGUGAGUUUUAUGUGCGUGGUUAUUUCUAUACAAGAAACUGUUAAAGGCACU